UCAAUCUUUUUCAUUUAUUUCAUGAAAGCGAAAGCAAAGAAUUUCGAAGCGGAGUUUUUGAAAACGAAAGCGAUUUGUUUUUAAAAAAUUUCAAUAAUGCUGUCUGUUCAUCAAAUCUACAAAGAAAACACUGAGGUUACAUCAAACAAAAAUGUGAAGACAAAUACUAAUGCUAAACCAAAAGGUCUUGGUCUGAAAAAUUCUACUAAUAUUUGUCAUAAUCAAAAAUCAAAUUCUGGCAAUGUGUUGGAUCAAACAAAAAAUUCAAAUGUCUUUAAGAAAAGUGACCAUAAACAAGGAUUUAAGCUAUCUGCUAAAGGAGAGAAAACUUCUAUUUUGAAAAAUUCUGAAGAAUGGCCAGAAACAGAGAACAUGUUUAUUUAUAAUGAUUCUGAUGAUGAUUAUGAAGACAUAUUACCAAAAUCUCAAAGAAUUACAAAAGCUGAAAUAGAUGCUUCAUUUAUUACCUGUCAAAUUCAUCGAAGCGUUAUUAUUGAUGAUAAAUUGCCUACUCUAACUUUAGAAAAUAUAAAAGAUUUUGGUAAAACACGACACUUUCCAAUUAUUGAAUCAGAUUUGUGGUAUGAUGAUUCUCCUCUUGAACUUGCUCCUGUACCUGAUAUCUCAUUUUAAGUUAAAUUUUGACUAAUUGUACUAUUUUAUGUAUUUUUUUAAAAUUUAUCUUCAUUUGUAUAUUUCUCCAUAUUAUGAUUGCAUUUAUGUUUAAUCUUACUUUUUGUUUAAAUAUCAAAUAAAAUUUUUCAAAAUACUGUUA